AUGGAGUCCACGGUUUCUAGCCAUUUGGUUAUCCCGGGGUCUGUUGCGUUCUCUCAAUCUCGGUGCCGGGCCAUUGCUGCUGAUAUCAAGGCCCGAGCAGUGCGGGCACAGUGGGUCCAUUACAUCGAUCUCGUAGAGAAUCUUCAAGAGCAGCACCGUGCCGUCUUAGAGCAACUCUUACAUUACGGAGACAUAUCCGAUGACCCAGCUGCCUUUGAGUCGCUCGAGGGCUCUCAUGUUACAUACCACGUUGCUCCCCGCGUCGGCACUAUUUCGCCAUGGAGCUCCCAGGCAACUGGGAUCGCACAUGUUUGUGGCCUGAAGCAAUAUGUGAAGCGGAUAGAACGUGGCUUGGAAAUAUCGUGCGUUCUUAGCCAUGGAGAGAAAGAAUUGGACGCGGAACGUCUCAAUAUGCUACACGACCGGAUGACUCAGAUCAUCAGUACCAAUGAACCGGACCUCCAGGCCAUGUUCUCAGAGCAUCAGCCUCAGCCACUCGAAAUUGUGUCUUUCGAAGAUCGAGAAAAGAGUCCAGCUGAGAUUCUGGCGGAGGCGAACAAGCGGCUUGGUUUGGCCCUUGACCAGUCCGAAAUCGAUUACCUCGUCCAAGCAUAUUCACAAGGUGGCCCCAUCUCAAGGUCACCCACGGAUGUUGAAUUGUUCAUGUUCGCGCAAGUGAACUCGGAACACUGCCGUCAUAAGCAGUUUAACGCAAAAUGGAUCAUCGACGGGGAAGAGAAGCCUAAUUCCCUGUUCGGCAUGAUAAGAAACACUCAUAAGCAGCACCCUGAUUAUACGAUAAGCGCAUACAGUGAUAAUGCAGCCGUUAUACAAGGAGAGGAAGCAAGCUACUGGUCCCCAAAUCCUUCAACAGGGGAGUGGUCUCAAACCAAGGAAUUGGUUCACUUCUUAGCAAAAGUUGAGACUCACAACCAUCCCACCGCCGUAUCGCCCUUUCCCGGUGCCGCCACAGGGUCAGGAGGCGAAAUUCGUGACGAAGGUGCAGUCGGACAAGGUUCAAGACCCAAGGCAGGUUUGGCAGGGUAUUGUGUUUCCGAUCUCCUAAUACCGGGAAAUAGACAGCCAUGGGAGCUGGAUGUCGGGAAACCAAAUCAUAUUGCUAGUAGCUUUGAUAUCAUGAUUGAAGCUCCAAUUGGAAGCGCUGCAUUCAAUAACGAAUUUGGUCGACCUUGCACAGCAGGAUAUUUCCGGACUCUACUGACAAAAGUCGAUCUUGAAGACGGUGGAUCUGAGGUUAGAGGUUAUCACAAGCCAAUCAUGAUUGCUGGCGGCGUGGGAACAGUUCGUCCACAACACGCUCUCAAAAACCCCAGAGCGGUUAAGCCUGGUUCUUUCUUGGUGGUUCUAGGCGGCCCGGCGAUGUUAAUCGGAUUAGGUGGAGGUGCAGCCUCUAGUAUUACUUCUGGUGAAGGUUCCGCAGAUCUAGACUUCGCCAGCGUUCAAAGAGGAAACGCAGAGGUCCAAAGGAGAGCACAGGAAGUCAUCAAUUCAUGUGUGUCAAUGGGAGAUGACAAUCCGAUCAAAUUUAUCCACGAUGUCGGUGCUGGUGGACUUUCCAACGCUUUGCCUGAGCUGAUUCACGACGCUGGCUUAGGGGCUACGUUUGAGCUCCGUGAAAUCGACAAUGCGGAUAGGGGGAUGAGCCCCAUGCAAAUUUGGUGCUGCGAAGCGCAAGAACGUUAUGUCAUGGCCGUCUCGGAGGACGGAAUGACGAAAUUUACAGCAAUCGCAAAACGAGAGCGUUGCGGUUAUUCUGUCGUUGGCCGUGGCCUCGGUCAACCUGAAGAAGAAAGGAGGCUCAUUCUUCUUGAUCGAGACUCGAAAGCUUACCCCAAGCCAAUUGACCUACCUCUCUCGGUUCUUUUUGGAAAACCUCCAAAAUUGACUAGAACUGUAACCUCCAGAAAAUUGAAACUGCCUACCUUUGAUAGCAGCCUCCAGUCUUAUCUCCCAGAGAUUCCCGCCAAAGAUUUGAUAAGCGAAGCAGUGUCGAGGGUCUUACAGCUGCCUGCAGUAGGUUCGAAAUCCUUCUUGAUCACUAUCGGUGAUAGAACUGUGGGGGGUUUAACAGCAAGAGAUCAAAUGGUUGGCCCAUGGCAGGUUCCUGUGUCCAACGUCUCUGUUACUGCCACCUCUCUCCUGACCGGCAUGAGAACCGGUGAAGCCAUGGCUAUGGGGGAGAAGCCCACCCUUGCGCUCAUCUCUGCAUCCGCGUCUGCACGGAUGGCAGUGGCAGAAUCGCUUAUGAAUAUUGCGGCUGCGGACUUACCCGGCCGUUUAAGCCGAAUCAAGCUGUCCGCGAAUUGGAUGUCCGCAGCAAAUCAUCCUGGAGAAGGUGCUGCCUUGUACGAGGCAGUUGAGGCUAUUGGAAUGGACUUAUGCCCAAAACUAGGGAUUAGUAUUCCAGUUGGCAAGGACUCAAUGUCUAUGAAAAUGAAAUGGAACGAUCAGAAUACCGGGAAAUCCGAAGAAGUGACCGCACCACUUUCGCUAGUCAUAUCGGCAUUCGCACCUGUAUCCGACAUCCGCAAGACCUGGACACCAGCUCUACGCAGCUUCGAAGAAGUGGGAGAAACCGUUCUUAUGUUUGUUGACCUUGCCGGACGCAGGAGCAUGGGUGGUUCAGCCCUGGCUCAAGUCUUUAACCAAGUGGGUAAUGAAUGUCCAGAUGUGCAUGAUGUUCAGCUUUUCAAAGACUUCUUCGAUGCAACUCAGCAACUCCAGGAGACCGGUGUUGUUCUUGCAUAUCACGAUCGCUCUGACGGCGGCUUGUUUACGGCACUGGCGGAGAUGAUGUUUGCCGGUAGAUGCGGGGUGCAAAUCAUGUUAGACGAGAUCUGUUCGAGUGCGAACAUGAAAGACGUUUUGCAAACUUUGUUUAAUGAGGAGCUAGGUGCCGUAUUCCAAGUGCGGAAGAAAGAUGAGGGUGUGUUCCGAAGUUGUUUUGCAACUUGCGGCCCUCCACCCGGAUUGCUCUUCAGGAUCGGACGUGUCGCAGAAAAAUCGAAGCAAAACAUGGCUAUCUACUACGGAGCGACUCUAAUUUACCGCAAUUCUCGUGCAAACUUACAGCAAACCUGGUCCAAUACCUCAUACCAGAUGCAGAAGAUCCGCGACAAUCCUUCUGCUGCUGACCAGGAGUAUGAAGCUAUCCUUGAUGACAACAACGCAGGUCUCUCAUACAAUCUCACCUUUGAUCCGAAAGAUCCUGCGAUGCCACUUCUCAGUAGUUUUAGCGCAAAAUUCUCACCAUUCGCUACCAAACCUCGAGUCGCUAUCCUCCGCGAGCAAGGUGUAAACAGCCAGGCUGAAAUGGCAUUCGCAUUCAACAUGGCCGGCUUUUCCGCUGUGGAUAUACAUAUGACAGACAUCCUCUCUGGGAGGGUUUCCCUUGCAUCAUUUGUAGGCAUCGCCGCCUGUGGUGGGUUUUCGUAUGGCGACGUGCUCGGUGCAGGCCAAGGUUGGGCCAAAUCAGUCUUACUUCACAAAAACACGAGACAGGAAUUCAAAUCAUUUUUCGAACGGCCAGAUACGUUCACCCUGGGCGUCUGUAACGGCUGCCAGUUCCUCAGCCGUCUCAAAGAACUUAUACCCGGCGCGAACGAUUGGCCGAGCUUCGAACGCAAUGAAAGCGAACAGUACGAAGGUCGCAUCAAUCGUCACCAAGCGUCUUCCUCCACGGGAUGA